AUGAAUUGCGCACAAGAUGAUGACGGCGUCCGCUUCUCAGACCAAGGUUCAUUGCAGGGAAAAGAUCGUGCGUUUGACGAAACGUGUUCAAAAAGGUGCAUCGACAAAGUUGCAGUGACGCCGAAUAAAGAAGAACAUUCCAAUACACACCAUAUAACUGGUAGUCUUGAUAUUCCUGUCAAAAUGCAUAUGACAGGAUCAGUCGCGAACAGUCCCGAUGAAAAGCAUGAAGAAAAGCCACGAUCGUAUUUUAGCCUGCGGUUUGCUCGCCAGAACGACAAGGGUACUCCGGACGUACUGCGACAAACACAACGCAGCUCAAGGACGAUUCAAAAAAAGCCAGCCCUGAAAGGCAGAGAAACUCGGCACAUGCCUGGUUACUGUAGAGUUAUGAUUGGACUUCAUGAACAGAGCUCGAUUUGCUCUAGCCCAACGUUAUUUUCUCGUCCGUCGGGCGAGAGGACAACUGGUCCUCAGAUGGAAUCAGUCAAAUCGAAGCCAUUUUUGUUCGAUCGGAAGAAAUUCGAGGCAACAGGAACCAGCAAAACCACGGCACAUGAAUCUACUUUGGAAAAUGUUCAAAAACCUACGGAAAUAGGAAAUACGGAAAUACCUAUUUCAACGGAAAGCCACUGUAAGGACAUUUCUGGAACCACAGCCGUUCGUUCUACGAAACCGUCAAUUCGAAAGACAAGUGUUUUGAGUUCUAGGAAGUGCACUUAUGCCUCAAUGAUGGACCUCGCUCUCAGAGCAUGGCCAGUGGAAAAAUAUGCUCAUCUGCAUAAUUCGAAAUUACGAAAAACUUUGCAAAAAUACGAUGUCGUCUACUGGCCGUUAAUUCCUGUAGGAUAUGUUCGCCGUGUAUCCGCGCUUUUUGAGAGAGAAAUCGCCAAUGCCCUUGUCAAGUCUGCUUCGUUGACAACGCCAAGCUCCCAUCGAUAA